UUCCCCCCGGAUCGUCGUUUAUUCUCCCCAAUUUCUCUGGGUAUAUUCCAUUACCCCCACGACAUGACUCCUUGAUCGGCUAUACUCCGAGUUACUGGUCUAUGGACGUGCACCUCGGUCGUUCGGAUGCCUGCAUGUUGCACAUCGGGCUACGGCGUAUAUCUACCCGAGUAUGGACUUCUAGUAUUUGUGAAGCACUGCAGCCUUUACUCAAUCUAUCCAUUCAUACCUCGCAUAAAAUACAAUGGCUAUUUGGUAUUCCCUUGGAGUUGCAUUUUUUGCCGCAAUCGGCACAUUUCUUUUCGGCUUUGAUACGGGCAUUGCAACUACAACAAUCGCCCAUCAAAGUUGGAUUGACUACAUGAAGCACCCUUCUAAGGGACUCACUGGGGCUGUGGUCGCUGUCUACAUUGCUGGCGAAGCAGUCGGCGCUCUUACGCAGACAGCAAUCGCCGAUAAACUUGGUCGCCUGCGUUUCAUGGAGAUGAUGUGUGUCAUUGUCACAAUCGGAGUAGUUAUUCAGACUGCUUCUGUCAACAUUGGAAUGUUCCUUGCAGGCCGCGCAUUGGCUGGGUAUGCUGUUGGGGGAAUGGUGUCUACCGUACCCAUCUACCUUAGUGAGAUUUCUGACCCUCGUUAUCGCGGCCUCAUCGGUGGUAUCUCGGGCUGCGGGAUCUCUCUUGGGACUAUGGCUUCCAACUGGGUUGGAUAUGCUUGUAGCUUCGCACCGUACGGGCCAAUUCAAUGGCGACUUCCUCUAGGCGUCCAGAUCCCGUGGGGUAUAAUUAUGUUCUUCGGUUUGAUCACCUUCAUGCCUGACUCACCACGUCACUUGAUUCGAAAUGGAAAGGUUGAGCAAGCGCGUGACGAGUACAAACGUAUCCGGAGGGAUUUACGUCCAGGUGAAAUGCACAGAGAUUUGGAGACCAUGGCUGCGCAAAUUGAAUACGAGAUGGAGCGGGAAAUCACAUCUUAUAGAGAGAUAUUCAGACUGUUUAGGCAUCGCGUGUUAGUGUCAAUCACCGUACAGACUAUGACUAGUCUCACUGGUGUGAAUGUGAUCCAGUACUAUCAAACAAUUCUAUACAAGUCCCUGGGUAUAGACUCUCAUACGAUCCUCGCUCUAGCUGCAGUAUACGGCACAAUAGCCUUCCUCGUCAACUGUCUGACGACGAAGUACCUCACUGACCAAUGGGGCCGUCGGAAGAUGCUCCUCUCAGGUUUGUUAGGAAUAAUAGUCAUUGAAAUCUAUGCCGCGGUCAUGCAGCGAGAAUUCCAGAAUACAGACAACCGAGUCGGUAAGGGAUUCGCCGUUCUAGGCAUUUACCUCUUUGUCGUCGCCUACUAUGGCAUGCUCAACAGCACAACCUGGCUCUACGGAGCCGAAGUCCUCCCCAUAUCCCUCCGAAGCAAAAUAAUGGGCCUUGCAUCAGCCUCGCACUUUAUCGUCAACGUUGCAAUCACCGAAGCCGGCCCAAGUGCGUUUGCCAAUAUUGGGGAGAACUAUUAUUAUGUUUUCGUGGCUUGUUCGACUUUCUUCCUCAUUGUGGCUUAUUUCUACUUUCCCGAGACGAAGCGAAAGACUCUCGAGGAAAUUGCUGCCUCAUUCGGCGACAAGGUCAUUGCACCUGGGGAGACUGGUAAGGAUGGUGAUGAUGGAGAUGAUACCGGGAAGCCUACGUCUGAACGAGAGGAGGUAGCUUGAUUUCGGAAACCACUAUGAAUGCAAUGGGUUGUUCGAUAUCUAACGUAUUGGGAUCUGAUGAUAGUCUAUAAUAAAGUCUCAAUUUGCUUCUUUGUGAUAAAUGGAAAUAGUGGCCAUGUCCUGGCGACUCUUCGAAAGUAGUAAAUGGU